UGGGUAUGGGAUUUCUUCCUGGGCAAUAAAAAUGUUCUAGAAUUAGAUAGUGGUCAUGGUUGUACAACUUUGUGAAUAGGCUAGAAACCACUACAUUGUGUGGUUUUAAAGUGUGAGUUUUAUGAUAUGUGAAUUAUAUCUAAAUAAAUAAAUAGAAUGGGAGUGAUAAUGUCACCUCACAAAGUUGUUGUGAUAUUUAGAGAUAAUAUACAUUAAAGCACUUAGCACAGGCAUAUAGUUAGUACUAAACAUACGUGACAUUUGAAUGUGUGUGUGUAUGUACUUGGUGAACAUUAGAUUAGGAGGCUGGAACAGGGGUGUCGGGGGAAGAAUAAGAGGAGUGAUGAAUGGAAUGAGGAACAGAACAGUUUUGAGCUGAAGCCAGAUUUAGGCCCAGGUCUCUAAGCUCCCAGUCCCGUUCUGCUUCUGUGACUCCUCCCUUGUUCUUUCCUGAUCUGGCCAUGGGAAUAGAAAAUGCACCCUGGCAAUGGAGAGAUUACGUUACAAGUGAGUCAUAACCCAGGCUCCAUAGCUUGACAUGGAACCAUAAUCUACUUCAGUGGGAGAUUUUAUCUGAUUGAGUGAGUAUAAUGUGACACUACCUACUCAAGCCUUUUAUACCAAUUUCCAGUCCCUUUCCUUUCCCCUUCCUAAUCUUCCUUUGCUAGGAUAAUCUGUUUCCCAUGGCACGGGGCAGCGCACUACUAAAAAGGCUUGGAUAAUUCUGCCUGCUCUUGAAAGAAAAGACAUUAUUACCUUUAAGAUUAUUAUAAUUUUUAAUAUGUUUAGUUUAGUCUUAAAAGGCAUUACUGAUUUCAAUAUGGUUAGUUCUUCAGCCUUGCAAGUAGCAUUUAAAGAAAGCAUGGAUUUAAAUAAAAAUCCAUCUGGUCUUUAGAUUUUGUUAUGCUCUGUCCACUUUCCAGUCAUCAGCAUUUAUUUCUCCAUGCUUCUCUGUCUCACUGUGUUAAGUCAACAAAGAAUCUUCCUGCAAUAAAUGCACUUCUCAAAAGCAAUCUUUUGAAACUAGAACCUCAAAAAAUACGUUACUGAAGUAAAGGGAAAUAUGAAUUUCACCUUAAACCUAUUGCUCAAUUCCUAUAGGCUCUGGACAUACAGGUCAUGUUUUUAUUUAUUUAUUCAUAUGAUAGCUAUGGAUAGAUUUGUCUUAUCUCGCUUACUAGAUCGUGAACUCCUAAGGGUAAAGAGUGACCUACCAUAGUGCUUUGUACAUAACAGGCAAGUAUCUGUUAGAUCGUUUACAUAUCUGGUAGAUAUUGGAAUAAUGUUUUUUUCCACUCCAGAAGGGCAAUUUUUCCCCCAUGAAAGAUAUGGGAUUUUGUAUCUUUGCCAAGAUUUUCCUCUCUGGGCCCCUAAAAUAGAACAAUGAUAAGCAUUUGAUAGAUGACUCAUUAGGCUGGAGCUGCUAGUAUCCCAAAGAAUGAUUUUCAUGUCCCAAAGAAUGAGUUGCAUGCAACACCGGAGCUUCACCAUGAUAUGGGAAGUAAAUAUUCAUUCACUCAACAAAUCUUUAUUAAUGCCUAACUUUGUACUGGGUACAGGACACACAAUGGUGAAACGUUGUCCAACUAAUUGAUAUUUUAAAUUCUAAGCUGAUGUUAGAAUUGUUAGAAUUCUAACACGUUAGAAUGUUGUUAGAUGUUAGAUGCUAGAAUGUUAGAAUGAAAGAAAGAAGGAUUAGUGUUUCAUCAUGUUCCCUCUAGAGGAUUUCCUACACAUUGGUUUCCUGCUUAACCAUUAGUCUUUGAGGACAGGAGGAUAAGGCAUAUGAGAAAUUCUAAGAUUAAAUGGCAUUGAUAAAAACAGUAGUUGAGAUGCUUUACUAACUUUCUGACAGUACAGGAAAACUAGCCCCAGUCUGUCUCUGGGAUGGAAUAACUAUAAUUGUCUUGUUUGCAUGGUUCAAAAGCAGAAUGCAUUCAUGAAGAUUGUUGUUAGGGUAUCUUUUAUCUUCAUCAGAGGUUACUCACAGGGAUGCCAAUAUGAAGCGUGUGAGGAGUGUGGGUGGAUGCGGUUUUUUCCCUAACUGUUUUAAGACCUAAGGUGAAUUUGCUCUUUACUUUUUGUAGGAAAAUAGUUCACCUCUAGGGAUAGUGGGUUUUGCUUCCUGCGUGGUCCAGGGAAUCUGAAUGGUGUCAUUCAUAACAAGAGUGUAGAGUCCCUGUGAAAGAUGCAGCUUUUCUUUCAUGACUCUCAGAGGUCUGACUGGAGUCCCCUGUAGGAUUUUCAGUCUAAGUAUAGGCCACCCCAUGCUUGAAAAUUGAUUCCAUUCUUUGCCAAAUGGGGAGUCUGGUAAUCUUGGGGAUCCUGGAACUUGACACUUUAACAGAGGAGAACAGAUGUAGCAGUGGUUAUGUGCCCCCUUGCUUAAAGCUAUAAAUCAGCCUCUCUGAGAAAGUCUCCUUAUAGAUAGUAUUCCUCCGAAGUCCAAACCAAAACUCUCUGAAGGAAAGUUGGUCAGAGCAUGGGGACUCAUCAGAAUCCCCUGUGGGACCCUGGUUGAAUUGCCCAUCACAUGCGGUGCCUUCUCUGUCGUAUUUAGUAGGCAGUGUGCAGUGUGAGUGGUUUGGACGUGUCCCCAGCCUGUGGGGUGCCAUGUGGCUGCGGGAACCUUUUGACCGCAAGUCUUUGGAGUUGGGCUUUAUAAUGUGCUUCCGUUCCCUGGGGUGGUGUUCUCUGGGCAGGAAGAUGGGAAGUAGAACUUGAGGAUUGUUUUGCUUUUCACUUGUUUAAUAAGACAUCAAAACUAUCCCAAAGAAUAGUAAUAGCUUAUGUAUUCAUAAAAGCCCUUGACUAUUAAAAAAAAAAACCCUCAUACUUCUUUUUAAAAAAAUGCUUUUAUCACUUUUAUUUUACUCAGAUAUAAAAAAAGGUCUAAUUUUAGCUUCAUCAGAUUAAGACUUCAGUGUGUUAUUUAUGCCAGACAGAUUUUACCCUUUCUAGUUUAUAUAAUGGGAGAGAAUUAUAUUUCCCAGGAUUUUCUUGGUUAAGCCAAGCUUUCCAGACUAAAGAUUAAGUAAGGCCGUAUCAUAAAAGCAACUGGAUAACAAGACUAAUUUGAAUAAAAGCUCUGUUUUUAUUCAAAUUAGAGGGACAGUGACUGAACCAAUAUGGAGCUUACUUUUUAGGAAUAUUCUGUGCAAUAUACUGUAGCCUGAACUUUUAAUAUUAUGGAGAUAUGUAGGGGCAAAAAGGAAUGAAGAACUUGGGGGAAAACAGCUAGUAGGAGAAGUCAUUGUUAUUCUUUUGGCAUAUAAGAAGUCCUCUGGGGAAACCUAUCUCAGUUUCUCCUGAUUGAACAAUUGGCCUGCUCUGCUGGCUCAUAUUCCAUGGAGAAAAGUGGAGAAGUUCUGCUGUUGCAACUUGGAAACGUGGUUGGUUAGUCGAGGAUAAAAGUAGUUGGCCUGUGAUGAAGAGGCCUGAGCUGCAGAAGAAGUGGAGGUGUGUUCCCUACUGCUGCACAUCAGGAGGCCGCUGCAGGCAGUGCAAGGUCAAGCUUCUUCUGGUGGCUUCUUGUUCAAUGCACUGGAUGGUUAUAGAUGAGUGCCUUGGACUCCCCAGACUCAGAACUGGCAUCAGAAAAUGAUCACAGGAAGAUUGAGGAGAAAGAAGGCCAGCUGAGCUGCAUUUCCUUCCCGCCUAAGGAAGAGAAGCACCUCCAGCAGAUUGUGGACUGCCUCCCCUGCAUCUUGAUCCUCGGCCAGGACUGUAGUGUCAAGUGCCAGCUGUUGAACCUGCUCUUGGGGGUGCAGGUGCUUCCCACCACCAAGCUGGGCAGUGAGGAGAACUGUAAGCUUCGGCGCCUCCGCUUCACCUAUGGGACUCAGACUCGGGUCAGCCUGGCACUCCCUGGCCAGUAUGAACUAGUGCACACGCUGGUUGCUCACCAGGGCAACUGGGACACCAUCCCUGAGGAGGACCUGGAGGUCCAAGAGGACAGUGAGGAUGCUGCCCAUGUUUUAGCCGAACUGGAGGUGACGAUGCACCAUGCUCUCUUACAGGAAGUGGACAUUGUGGUAGCACCGUGCCAAGGCCUCCGGCCCACAGUGGAUGUUCUGGGUGACUUGGUGAAUGAUUUCUUGCCUGUGAUAACCUAUGCACUCCACAAAGAUGAACUCUCUGAAAGGGAUGAGCAAGAGCUUCAGGAAAUCCGAAAGUAUUUCUCCUUUCCCGUAUUCUUUUUCAAAGUGCCGAAGCUGGGCUCGGAGAUAAUCAGCUCCUCCACCAGAAGAAUGGAGAAUGAAAGAUCACCACUCCAUCGCCAGCUAACUGACCUGGGCUAUCUGAGCAGCAGUCACUGUAACUGUGGGAACCCCAGCCAGGACACCAAAGCUCAGAGCGUGUUGGUGGAGCAAAGUGAGAAGCUGAGACACUUGAACACAUUUUCUCACCAGGUGCUACAGACUCACCUGGUGGACGCAGCCAAGGCCCUGAACCUGGUGCACUGCCGCUGCCUCGACAUCUUUAUUAACCAGGCCUUUGACAUGCAGCGGGACCUGCAGAUUACUCCCAAACGUCUAGAAUAUACACGAAAAAAGGAGAAUGAGUUGUACGAAUCACUGAUGAAUAUUGCCAACCGAAAGCAGGAGGAAAUGAAGGACAUGAUCGUUGAGACGCUUAACACCAUGAAGGAGGAGCUUCUGGAUGAUGCUGCCAACAUGGAGUUUAAAGAUGUCAUUGUCCCUGAGAAUGGAGAACCAGUGGGCACCAGAGAGAUCAAAUGCUGCAUCCGACAGAUCCAGGAACUCAUCAUCUCCCGGCUUAAUCAAGCAGUGGCUAACAAGCUGAUCAGCUCUGUGGAUUACCUACGUGAGAGCUUCGUCGGAACGCUGGAACGGUGUCUGCAGAGCCUGGAGAAGUCUCAGGAUGUCUCGGUUCACAUCACCAGUAAUUAUCUCAAACAGAUCUUAAAUGCUGCCUAUCAUGUUGAAGUCACAUUUCACUCAGGGUCCUCAGUUACAAGGAUGCUGUGGGAGCAAAUCAAACAGAUCAUCCAGCGCAUCACAUGGGUGAGCCCACCUGCCAUCACACUAGAGUGGAAGAGAAAGGUGGCCCAGGAAGCCAUCGAGAGCCUCAGCGCCUCCAAGCUGGCCAAGAGCAUUUGCAGCCAAUUCCGGACUCGGCUCAACAGUUCUCAUGAGGCCUUUGCAGCCUCCUUGCGGCAGCUGGAAGCUGGCCACUCAGGCCGGUUGGAGAAAACUGAAGAUCUAUGGCUGAAGGUUCGGAAAGAUCAUGCUCCCCGCCUGGCCCGCCUUUCACUGGAAAGCCGUUCUUUACAGGAUGUCUUGCUGCAUCGUAAACCUAAACUGGGACAGGAACUGGGCCGGGGCCAGUAUGGUGUGGUGUACCUGUGUGACAACUGGGGGGGACACUUCCCUUGUGCCCUCAAGUCAGUUGUCCCUCCAGAUGAGAAGCACUGGAAUGACCUAGCUUUGGAGUUCCACUACAUGAGGUCUCUGCCGAAGCAUGAGCGAUUGGUGGAUCUGCACGGCUCCGUCAUCGACUACAACUAUGGUGGUGGUUCCAGCAUCGCUGUGCUGCUCAUUAUGGAGCGGCUGCACCGGGACCUCUACAGUGGGCUGAAGGCUGGGCUGACCCUGGAGACCCGUUUGCAGAUAGCCCUAGAUGUGGUGGAAGGAAUCCGCUUCCUGCACAGCCAGGGACUUGUCCACCGUGAUAUCAAACUGAAGAAUGUGCUGUUGGACAAGCAGAACCGUGCCAAGAUCACUGACUUAGGAUUCUGCAAGCCAGAGGCCAUGAUGUCAGGCAGCAUUGUGGGGACACCAAUUCAUAUGGCCCCUGAACUUUUCACAGGGAAGUAUGAUAAUUCUGUGGAUGUCUACGCUUUUGGCAUUCUUUUCUGGUAUAUCUGCUCAGGCUCUGUCAAGCUCCCUGAGGCAUUUGAGAGGUGUGCCAGCAAAGACCAUCUCUGGAACAAUGUGCGGAGAGGGGCCCGUCCAGAACGCCUCCCUGUGUUUGACGAGGAGUGCUGGCAGCUGAUGGAAGCCUGCUGGGAUGGUGACCCCUCGCAGAGACCUCUCUUGGGCAUUGUCCAGCCCAUGCUCCAGGGCAUCAUGGACCGGCUAUGCAAGUCACAUUCUGAGAGGCCUAACAGAGGACUCGAUGAUUCUACUUGAAAGCAGAGACCUUUCUCUUUCGCUCUUUCUUUCUUUCCUUCCCCUCACCUUUUGGCUAUGGGAAGAAUUUGACAUUCAUUACAGAGAGCUCCCAAGGGGACUGAUGCUUGCGGGGCAACUUGAGACCUUCCCAGGCACAGAUGACUCCUGGAUAGGGAAGAGUUGGAUGGCUGUGAGCAUAUCCAGCAGUUCACUGAUGCCCAAGCUGUUUCUUUAGCCAAAAAGUCAGUAUAAAUCUCUUCUGUAUGAAAUUUCAAGAAAAGUCUUACCUAGUUCCCUUUUCCAGACUGUCUUUUAACUCCAGCCAUAAUCAGGACUCUGUGCUCCCAUAGUGGAGCCCACAUUCCUAACAUUCUUUGGAAGUCUUAGUUCAUAGCUCCGUUUACACAUGGGAGGUUAGGUUUUUCUCCACCCAGAGUCCCUUUUCAGUUUAUCCCCCGUGGCUUAGUCUGCUCUCAGAUACCAGUUUUCUAGCAGAUUGCGCACAUAUUUUGCCUGAGUAGGGAGAAGCAAGGGAGGGGCUAACGCUUAGUAAGGAGAUGAGCGGUUGCAGUUCAUUUUUUAAAAAGUAUUCUGAGAAAAGGUGCAGGUCAGCCAGAGUCCACAUGUAGAUAUUUGGAAGUGUUAUUUAAACACUCAGCAGGCUGAGUACAGGAAUACAUAUGUAUAACACGUGUGUAUACUUUGCUUUUGUUGAAUAACAGUGUCUGCUAAUUUGGGGUUCUUCUGUUGCUUGGCAUCCAUUAUUUAGGUGAUGCAAUGCCAUGAAAUGUACUGUAUUGUAUAUUACUUGGGAAGACACUAGAUAUUCAAAGAGGCCUGGCAGCACUUGGGCUGUAGAGGGCUCAACAAGGCCAAAGUCCUGAAGAUUUUACCUCCUAGCUUUGGUUGUCUGUGCUCCCACGUGGUGAGGUGAGAUUGUGGCAGGGGGAGGAAGAAGGAUGGGAUGAAAGAGUUACCCUUACUGUGUUCCAUCCUUCUUACCAACUUAAUUAGGGCAAUUUACCCCAGCCUGAAAAUGAUUACCUGGCCAUUUUUAAUGUGCUUGAGGUCUGGUCGCUUCUGUUGCUUCAGAAUUGAGUGACGGACCUUCCUGCAGAGCAAUCAGAAGACGCGGUGGAGCCUGGGGCUCCAGAGUAGCUGCCUUAGUGCCUAGGGAGCCAGCAGCAAGGUCAGUCUGGGGGCGUUGCGGAAUGCACGUCGGGGUGAGGUUUCCACAGGCAUGCCCUAGUUCCCUGGAUCCUCUGCAGAGAGUGGCUCAUUGAUUGAGCAAAAGCCUUUCACUUCUCUGGGAAGGAGGACUGUGCUGGUUCUUCCCAGACCAAAGAAGUCAUUUGUGACUCCAUCAGUUUCAAGGGGACAGAGCCUAGGCAGCAGCUUCUCCUAAUUUUUAACACUAAAAUUCAAGGAAAGAGUGAAGGGAGGGAUAUAUUACUACCACGGAUAGAAACAGGGGACUGGUAGAACUCUCAAGCAGUACCUGUCAGCUCUCCAACGCGUUUUUUUUUGCAUUUUCACUUGAGCUGCCAAAGAGGUGUUGACAAAGCUUUUUCCUGAUCAGCAAAGUGGUUUGGGGUAGCGGGGCUGCAAAGUGAUAACUGCACUGAAUGACACUUUAUUUUUUGGCUUAUUAUUUAGCACUGAGAAGCCAAAAGGGAUUGGUGAUUAUAACAGCACUUUGGGGAACAGACUCCCUCUGGCCUUGCUUUGGAGAGACGGCAUGCGUGGUAUUCCAUCUGACUAAUCAGGGAACCUCCUAAGUUCAUACUGCAUCAGAGUGGAAUAAAUGGCCCUCGAAGAGUCCAUUGCCGAAAGAGUAGUUGCUUUCUUUGAGUUUUCAAAGCUUGAUUUUUGGAUUUGCUGGAUCAAAUAACCCACUUUUUCUUUAAAAGAAAAAAAAAGAGGGUUUAUCCUUCUAAAUGUGGGGGUGGGGUGGGUUAGGGCUAGUGUGAUGUUUAAGUGGGUUAGGAGGGAGUCAACUUGAGAAACCUGUAUGGCAAACUCCCUUGGGGGGUUUUAAGUACACUACUGUUCUGAAAAGGGUUUUAUUUUUAACUUUAUCUGCUUUGUUAACUAACAUCCAGUCCACAGAGCUGACUGAAGAGACUGUGUGUGAACACCUGACACUGGGGGGACACCUUACUCAGAGGGUUGGAAAGGAAAUUGGCCUGGACAGCUUGUUGUCUUUUAUCUUUAUGUAAUGUUUUUGUUUGUUUCAAAGGACUAAUGUUUAUUAUUACAGUGUUAAAUAAAAAGUGUAAUAUACUAAGUGUGUAGAAUAAAAGUGCAAUAACAAGAGAAAAUUACUUUGGCACAAACUUCAGUUCUUACACGCUCUCCCUCCUUGUGCUACCUGUCUCUUUCCAUGAUAUUGUUACAGCGGGACAGUGUUAAUUGUGUAUAUUUUUAAGAGAUGCAACUAUGGGUUAAGUCUUCAUUUAGUGUAAUUUUGAAUGGCUGGGUUUGGUUUUAUAGAGUAUUGUGUCUCCUUCUGGGGUGCACAAACACCAGAUGUGCUGUAUAAUAAAGAUCACAUUCACGUUUUAGGUUCA